AUGUACCCUACUAAAUCCCCAGGGCCUGAUGGGAUGCCCCCAUUAUUUUUCCAACACUACUGGGAGUUGAUUGGGGAUGAAGUAACUGAGGCAGUUCAGAGUUUUCUUCAUUCAGGUCAGCUUCUACGACAAAUUACCUUCACACAUAUUUGUCUUAUCACAAAAUUGAAUGAUCCAGAGCACAUGUCAGAUUUAAGGCCUAUAGCGUUGUGUAAUGUGAUUUAUAAGAUUUGUUCGAAAGUUAUAGCCAACAGGUUGGAACUGAUUUUGCUGGAGUUGAUUUCACCAUAUCAGAGUGCUUUUGUUCCUGAAAGGUUGAUUACUGAUAACAUUCUUGUGGCUAAUGAACUUGCUCAUUUUGUUCAUAAUAAAAGGGAGGGUGGUGAUGGUUACAUGGCUCUAAAAUUGGACUUGAGUAAAGCUUAUGAUAGGAUGGAAUGGACUUUUCUUCGAAAAGUUAUGGAGAGGUUUGGUUUUGCUUAUAUUUGGAUAGAGAUGCUGAUGCAAUGUGUUUGCUCUGUCAGAUACUCAUUCUUGGUGAGAGGUAAACCUCGCGGCCUUGUGACUCCAAGUAGGGGACUAAGGCAAGGUGACCCUUUGUCUCCAUAUCUUUUUUUAAUUGGGGCAGAGGGAUUUUUAGCUUUACUUCAGCAACACCAAGCUUUGGGGUUAUUGCCUGGGAUUGAAAUAUGCAGGGAGGCGCCUCUAGUGAAUCACCUAUUAUUUGUUAACGAUAGCAUGCUUUAUGCUCAAGCUUCAUUAGAGGAUUGCUAUCAGAUACAAGAUGUUAUUGAAACAUAUGGCAGAGCCUCAGGUCAAUUGGUCAACUUUGAUAAAAGUUCUGUUGUUUUUAGUAAAAAUGUUUCUGAUAAUAUGAAGGAGGAGGUGUCUUCUUUGUUGGGAGUUGAGGUUGUUGAGUCCCAUGAAAAAUACUUGGGACUCCCAACCUAUGUAGGGAGGAAGAAGACAGCUACCUUUCAGUAUAUCAAAGAAAAUUGGCCAAGAAGGUUUUUAAUUGGCAAGUUUUGGUGGGGAAGUAUGCUAGAUAAAAGGAAAAUUCAUUGGAAGACAUGGAAGGCAUUGUGUAACCCUAAAGAGGAAGGAGGCCUAGGAUUUCGUAGCUUGGCAGAGUUUAAUUCAGCAAUGUUAGCAAAACAAGCUUGGCGGGUGGUCAAUAACCCUCAAUCUUUGAUUGCUCGAUUGUUUAAAGCUAAGUACUUUCCGGAUGACUCAUUUUGUACUGCUUCUUCUCAUGCUUCUCCUUCUUAUUCUUGGAGGAGUAUUUUCUCCACAAGGGACUUAUUAAGACAAGGGAAGUUCUGGCAGAUUGGUGAUGGUGCAAUGGUGAAUAUAUGGACAGAUUCAUGGAUUCCCGGGGUGCCAAAUUUUCGCCCUUGUGGAGGUAAUUUGGCUGCAACUGAUCUCAAUUUGGUGAGUGAUUUGAUUCACCAUACAGGGAGUUGGAAUGUUAGUCUAAUUAAUAGGGUGUUUCCAGUGCAUGAGGCUGAAGCUAUUUUAUCUAUUCCUUUAUCGUCAAGGGAGGUUAUUGAUAGGGUGAUUUGGCGUUUUACAAAGCAUGGAAAAUUCACGGUGCUGCAAACAAAUGAGAUUUUGGCUAAGGUGUGUUAUAAUCCUCACCUUGUUCAUUUUGAUCUUUUGGAAUGGCUUAGUUCUUGUGCUAUUGAACUGUCAUUGGAGUUACUAGGGCUAGUAGUACAAGAACGUACAGUUCGAUGGACUGCUCCCCCUUUGGGAUAUUUUAAAGUUAAUGUUGAUGGGUCUUUUCAUCAAGCAACGAAGAAUGGUAGCAUUGGAUUUGUAAUCAAGGAUUGGCAGGGUACUUUCUUGGCAGGAGGAGGUAUGUCAUUAUCUAGUCUAUUGUCUCCUGAACAUGUGGAGGCUUUGGCAUGUAAACAAGCUCUUGAGUUUGUAGUUGCAAAUCAGUUUCUUCCAGCUAUUGUUGAGACCGAUUCCCAAUUGAUUCAUAGUCAGUUGGUUAGUAGAGGGAGCUACAAUUUGUCCUUUUUAGGACGUAUUUAUGAUGACCUGGGGGCAGUUUUGAAGAACCAUGCCAAUAUGCGUGUAACUCAUACUAAGAGAAGUGCAAAUCGGGUUGCACAUCUUAUGGCCGCUCAUGCUACUUCUUGCAUGGUGGAGACAUUUUAUUUUUCUUCUCCUAUUUUUUUACUAGCUGCCUUAGCAGCUGAAGUUUGUAAUCUGUAA